CCUGAUCUAGGACAAUCAUUUCCGGCUCCAGUGUCCCACGUGAGUGUUGCAUCGGCAGCGCCUGAGGCCUCUUUGCAAAAUCGGAGGGCACAGAUCCGGUACUUGCCUUUACAGAAGAAUCUGGCAGAGGAGGAAGGCGAUUCACUGGUUUUUGUGGAGGAUGUUCAGAGAGGAAGGGAGGAUGAGGGGAGAGCCAGAAUCAGUUGGUCGAGAAGCAAGAAAAGACUCUGAUGGCACCAAGGCUGGAAGCAAAAGGGAACUGUGGGAAGGCACCAUGCAGAACAGCCUGGAAACAGAUUUUCCCCCUUCGGAUAUGCAGUGCCAGCAAUUCAGGCACUUCCGCUAUGAGGAAGUAGAAGGGCCCCGAGAGGCUUGCAGCCGACUGCACCAUCUUUGCCGCCAGUGGUUGAAGCCAGAAAGGUGCUGGAAAACAUCACGCAGGAGCUUUACCAGGGAGCAGCUUUUCCGGGCGAGUCCUUGAAACCGG